AUGACCCUUAAAGAGCAAAGCAGCACCAUUGAUCGUCUCUCCAAAGAGAACUUUGACUUGAAGAUGAGAAUUCAUUUUCUCAACGAGGCAUUGAAUCGUCGCUCUGAGGAAGGAAUAAAGGAAAUGAUCUCGGAGAAUGUUGAGCUAAAGUCAGAUAAACUCAAACUUCAAAAAGACAGUCAGACCCUGAAAAGGAAAAUUCGUGAUUUGGAGAAGCAGCUCAAAGACCAGCAGUCUGACAAGGAAUCUAUGGUAAAUCACGAUCCUGAAGGAUCUGACGACGAUGGUCGUGAACCAGCACAGGAAGAAGAGAUACUAUUCUUAAGGGAGAGAGUGGAGGUUUAUGAGCUCGAGAUUGAGAGACUAAGGUCCGAAAGUAUUGCCAGAGAAAGCGAGAAGAGAAAACUGGCAGAAAUUCUUAAAUCACUUAAUGAUGGAAGGCCAAUGGGUUCGGAUGUAGGAGCAAGGGAAGAGAGGGAUAUGUGGAAAGACAUGCUUGAAGCAGAGACGGCUGCUCGAGAGCAAGCAGAGGAGGAGAACAAAAGGCUACGAGACGACGCGCUACGCCUCAAGAGUGAAAUGAGCUCGAUAAUAGUCUCCACAAGACCAACGCAGCGUGACCGGGUAGAGUCCAUGCACUCGUACUCUGCUGUCUCAGAUAGAGAGUUGAAUCGCAAUACAAACCCCAGUAGUUCCUCCAGCUCAACCUUGGUAAUGGAGCUGGAGCUCUUGAAACAAGAAAAUGCGGAGCUGAGGAAAGAAGUCAGUGCUCAAACAUCAAUGCUUACAUCUCGGAAUCGUGAAAAAGAACGUCUCUAUCAAGAGAUCGAGGAGCUGAAACUUGGUCAGCGACGCGACGGCGGUCGCUCUAUUGCUGGGGACAGCAUCUUUGAUCGGUCCGCAUCGCGAGCUCACGGUAGACCAUCUUCUCGAGCGAGUGACGGAACUGCCCCAUACCCAGGCGAUGACGCGGAACGAGAAGAUCUGGAGGUCCGGAACGGACAGUUGCGUGAUCAGGUUUCUGCGCUGAAACUUGAUAACCAAGCUGUUCGAACGGAGCUGGAGGAGUAUAAGAGAGAGUUGGAAGAAUACAAGAAAGAGUUGGAAACACUUGAUAAGGCAUACCAAGAGCGUGGCAAAGAAGUUGAGACUUUCGACAAGGCAUAUCAAGCUGACAUGGAUCAAGCGGAGGAGGAAAUGCAAAAGUUACAACAAGAUUUGCAAAACCUGGAGCAAGAACGUGACCGUGCACUACUGAUGGCGGAUGAACAUAAUGCGGCUUUCCAGGACUUGAGGGCUGAAGCCCAAGAUGAGCUGGAAGCCCUUGGCGAAGAGCUUGAUCAGAAGACUGAAGAGUGCCAACGAUUAGGAGAGGAGCUAAAGAUUCAAGAUGAGUAUCUCCGGGCGCUGCAGGCAGAGAUGCGUUCGGCCAGCGAAGGCAUCAUCCGACUUGAAGAAGACGCACAAAACAAUAUGCAACGUUACAAAGCUGUCCAACAGGAGCUUGAGGAUUGUAAUCGAGAGAUGGAAUCUUUUGAAAAAAGCCUCUUUGAAGCAAAUACGAAGGUCCAGCGACUGACAGUUCAAAUUGAAUCGAGUCAGAACGAGAUUGCAUUCUUGCGAGAAGAGCAAGAUGGUGAUAAGAUCAGAAUCGGUGACCUGGAGUCAGAACUAAAGACAUACAAGAUGAGCCUCCAAAGCGAAAAGGACAAGGCUAGGGAGCUUGAGGAACGUCUGACAGAAGAACGGCAUCAGCGAGAGGUCGUAGGAAGCAAGGAGAAGCAAGAAGUCCAGCGAAUCGUCAACGAGUUGAAUCGAGAAGCAUCUGCUGCCAAGGAGGAGGCGCGGAAACUCAAGAAGAGUCUAUCAGCUCAAGAAAUCGAGACUAAUACUUGGAGGGAGCGGCUCAUGGACUUGGAGAACAAUCUUCGAGAGACUUUAGGUGAUCUGACUGGUAGCCGCUCUAGCUUGAUCUCCAAAAUCAUGGAGCUUCAAAAGAAUCUUGAGUCGACUGCUUGGGAACUUGAAAGUACCCGCUCUAAACUAGACGAGACCGAGUCGCUAUUACGAAAUCGCGAUGCGCUACUUGAGAGCCACGGGUUGGAGUCUCGGAAGUUGGCUGAGCUUCUCGAACGCGAGCGACAUUCUCGCCGGGCAGAUAAACAAUCGUUUGAGCAGGCACUUAAAUCUCACCACCAAGCAUCUCGGACCAUCACCCAAAACAAUUCACGUAUCACGGAGCUAGAGAACGCCCGUAAUCAGGAUCGCAAGCGGUUCACUAAUCUCGAGCAACAAUUCAAAGAUCAGCUCAAUGAGCGGAACACGAUGCUUCUUAUGAUCUGGAAACGUUUGUCGGCGAUGUGUGGACCGGACUGGGCGCACUCUAACAGCUUAAUCAACGGUAACCUACCAAGUCAAGAGGUCAUAGGCAACAUCCUGUUCUGGCCGGGCUUCAGCCGCAAUCUCUUGCUUGCUGUGAAGACACUGGAGAAUGUGAUUUUGGGCUUCAAGAAUCGCAUUAAGGGCGUUGAGCGUGACCUUACCAAGCAAUAUCAGGCCGUCGAGCACACCUUGAGCUUACGGAUCAAAAAACUAGAUCGUCUAGAAGAGUCAAUGAUGAGCAUACGUGCUCAACAACAUAAGCUAGGCCAAUCUGGCUUGUCGCCAGAGAUGGCCAAGCUUCGCGGGGAGAAUCGGUUGUUGAAAGCUGAGCUGAACCUGCUACAAUCUCACUCGCGCAGCCGCGGUCCUGCCGGGAUAGGGCCGGGCUCUCCACGCCUGGAAUCCGGGGCGGACCUUGAUCCAACUUCCUUGGUUCGUCAUAACUCAAUGGUUGAAAAGCCCGCCAACCCCAAUAAUUCUCGGGGUUUGACACGGAGUUCAACCAGCGGUAUACCUCAACCAUCCCAUGUCUCUUCAACCACGACACUUGCCGACGGUGCUGGGGCCAUGGUGCAUAGCUCCCGCACAAGACACGCGGUAGGCGACCAAGGGAAUAAUGAGAAAUGGAUCCAGCGCUUGCACGAACUGGAGAAAAGACUGAAGCAAGAAAGGGAAGCACGCCUGCUAGAUCGUAACGGGGCUCGCAAGCGCCUUGAAGAGCGAGAUGCUGAAAACCAAAGGCUUCGAGCCCAACUAGAGAGGGAGCGUGUGCGCAAAGACAUGUCAACGGAUUAUUCUGGCGACAACAACGCUGGUCUGGCUCGAGGGCAAAAUCUGAGGAUGAUUCAAGGAACUGCUCAUGACUCUGGUGACGGAUACGGUAAUCACAGGGAUGAUGAUGACCCAAGCUCGAGUGAUGGAGAAGGGAUAUGUGUUGACAUUGAGGUUUAA